ACACAUUUGCUUCAAAGGUGCCGUGGCCCGCUGUGGCCGGAAUGUCCCAGGGGACCUGUCUGUGGCUGUGACAGGCUCAGACUCCCCGGUGCGCGACGUGACUCCUUCCCAACCCUUGCGUGUUCCUGGAGGCCCGAGGGGCCUCCAGGACCCAACCCGCUGCCUGCAGGUGCCACCGACCAUGGACGCGAGGUGGCCGCCAUGCUGCCGCCCCCUGCUGGGGGCCUACAUCCUCGUGUCCCUGGCCACCGCCGCCCUCCUGGGGCACGUCCUGCUCCAUGAUUUCUUGCUGGUCCCCCAAGAGCAGCGUGGCUUCUCCCAAGUAGCUGAGGGGCUUUAUCGAGCUCGCCAGCAGGGAGCCGGCCACCCAGGCCCCCAGGCCCCCCCAGGCCACCACGGCAGUCCCAGAGCAGCUCCCACACGGUGCGACGUGCCCCCCGACAGCCGCUUCGACUGCGCCCCGGACAAGGCCAUCACCCAGGAGCAGUGUGAGGCCCGGGGCUGCUGCUACGUGCCUGCCGGGCAGUGGCCUCGGGUCCCCCGCAUGGGACAGCCCUGGUGCUUCUUCCCACCCAGCUACCCGAGUUACAAGCUGCACAACCUGACCACCACGGAGACGGGCUACACGGCCACCCUGACCCGCGCCACCCCAACCUUCUUCCCCAAGGACAUCUUGACCUUACGCCUGGACGUGCUGCUGGAGACUGAGAGUCGACUCCACUUCACGAUCAAAGAUCCCGCCAACAGGCGCUACGAGGUGCCCUUGGAGACCCCGCGUGUCCGCAGCCGGGCCUCAUCCACACUUUACAGCGUGGACCUCCAGGAGGAGCCCUUCGGGGUGGUCGUGCGCCGGAAGCUGGACGGCCGGGUGCUGCUGAACACGACGGUGGCCCCCCUGUUCUUUGCUGACCAGUUCCUGCAGCUGUCCACCUCUCUGCCAUCCCAGCACAUCACGGGCCUGGCCGAGCAUCUUGGCUCCCUGAUGCUUAGCACCAACUGGACCAAGAUCACCCUGUGGAACCGGGACAUCGCCCCCGAGCCCAACGUGAACCUGUACGGGUCCCACCCCUUCUACCUGGGGCUGGAGGACGGCGGCCUGGCUCACGGGGUCUUCCUGCUGAACAGCAAUGCCAUGGAUGUGGUCCUGCAGCCGAGCCCGGCCCUCAGCUGGCGGUCCACGGGUGGGAUCCUGGACAUGUACGUCUUCCUGGGCCCUGAGCCCAAGAGCGUGGUGCGGCAGUACCUGGAAGUCGUGGGCUCCCCGUUCAUGCCGCCCUACUGGGGCCUGGGGCUCCACCUCUGCCGCUGGGGCUACACCUCCACGGCCGUCACCCGCCAGGUGGUGGAGAACAUGACCAGGGCCCACUUCCCCCUGGACACUCAGUGGAAUGACCUGGAUUACAUGGACGCGAGGAGAGACUUCACUUUCAACAAGGACGGCUUCGGGGACUUCCCAGCCAUGGUGCAGGAGCUCCACCGGAGCGGCCGCCACUACGUGAUGAUCGUCGAUCCUGCCAUCAGCAGCUCCAGCCCUCCUGGCAGCUACCGACCUUAUGACGAGGGUCUACGGAGGAAGGUUUUCAUCACCAAUGACACUGGGCAGCCACUGAUUGGGAAGGUGUGGCCCGGAUUUACCGCCUUCCCCGACUUCACCAGCCCCCAGGCCCUUGACUGGUGGCAGGACAUGGUGGCUGAGUUCCACACCCAGGUGCCUUUCGACGGCAUGUGGAUUGACAUGAACGAGCCAUCCAACUUCGUCAAGGGCUCUGUGGACGGCUGCCCCGACAGUGACCUGGAAAACCCGCCCUACGUGCCAGGGGUGGUUGGCGGGACCCUGCGGGCAGCCACCAUCUGUGCCUCCAGCCGCCAGUUCCUCUCCACGCACUACGACCUGCACAACCUGUACGGCCUGACAGAAGCCCUUGCCUCCCACAGGGCCCUGGUCAAGGCGCGGGGGACGCGCCCCUUCGUGAUCUCCCGCUCGACCUUCGCGGGCCACGGCCGAUACGCCGGCCACUGGACAGGGGACGUGUGGAGCAGCUGGGAGCAGCUGUCGUACUCUGUGCCAGAAAUCCUGGUCUUCAACCUGCUGGGGGUGCCGCUGGUCGGGGCCGAUGUGUGCGGCUUCCUGGGCAACACGUCGGAGGAGCUGUGUGUCCGCUGGACCCAGCUGGGGGCCUUCUACCCGUUCAUGCGGAACCACAACGACCUCCACAGCCUGCCUCAGGAGCCGUACAGGUUCAGUGAGACGGCGCAGCGAGCCAUGAGGAAGGCCCUCGCCCUGCGCUACAGGCUGCUGCCCCACCUGUACACGCUGUUCCACCGGGCCCACGUGGGGGGCGAGACCGUGGCCCGGCCCCUCUUCCUGGAGUUCCCCGAGGACCCCCGCACCUGGGCCGUGGACCGCCAGCUCCUGUGGGGAGCAGCUCUGCUCAUCACCCCGGUGCUCGAGGCCGGGAAGGUUGAAGUGACCGGUUACUUCCCCGCUGGCACCUGGUACGACCUGCAGACGGUGCCAGCAGAGGCCUUCGGCAGCCUCCCGCCUCCGCCUCCCGCACCCGUCACGCCUGCCAUCCACAGCGGGGGACAGUGGGUGACACUGCCAGCCCCACUGGACACCAUCAACCUCCACCUCCGGGCCGGGCACAUCAUCCCCCUGCAGGGCCUUGGCCUCACAACCACGGAGUCCCGAAAGCAGCCCAUGACCCUGGUCGCAGCCCUGACCACGAGCGGGGAGGCCCGAGGAGAGCUGUUCUGGGACGACGGGGAGAGCCUGGAGACGCUCGAGCGUGGGACCUACACACAGGUCGUCUUCCUUGCCAAGAAUAACACCGUUGUGAACGAGCUGGUGCACGUGACCAGCGAGGGGGCCGGCCUGCAACUGAGGAAGGCCACCGUCCUGGGGGUGGCCGCGGCCCCCAAGCAGGUCCUCUCCAAUGGCGUUCCUGUCUCCAACUUCACCUACAGCCCUGACACGAAGACCUUGGACAUCCCUGUCUCACUGACGAUGGGAGAACAGUUUGUCAUCAGCUGGUCUUAACCAGGGGCCGGUGGUGCGUUGAUCCUUUACAGGAAAAGACGGGACUUCGCAGCGACCCCAGCACCCGUGCUCUUAGUCAAGAUGUGGGGGUUGGGGCUCAGGGUCGGAAGCAGUUGGCCCACGUCUCACGGCGGACGUUCCUCCAAUGCCCAGAUCUGCCUGUGUCUACCUCCCGGGCCCCAGGGCUCUGGGCCAGCAGCACACCUGUUUGCCUUGUGUUUGCAAUGCUCUCCUGGAAGGUUUACCUCCCCGCAGCCUGUCACCGGAACGUGUAUGACGUCAUCCGCCGCCUGCCCAGGACGGCAGAAGUGUGCUCGGGGUGAGGACGCUGUCCCUGCACCCCGAGGUCACGCCAGAUGAAAGGACAGAGCUGCGUGGCCACUGUGGACUGCCGUCUGGGCAACCGCACCCCGGCAGCCAGUGAGGCUGCCCGCCGGCAGGAGGGCGGCCACGGGGCCUCCAGAAGAUUCACAGGACCCGGGGAAACCCUCGCUCCAAAGUGCAAUUGUGUUUAAUAAAAGGGGCAUUGCAAUCAA